AUGUCCGGGGGCAGUGGUGCCGAGGAGGAGGAGGUCCCGCUCAAGAAAGAGAAAACACAUUUCACCGUCCGGCUGACGGAGCUGAAACCCGCUGACAAGGUGAAGCUGAUCAAGGAGGUGAAGAACUUCGUGCCAGGAGUGAACCUCGUGCAGGCAAAGAAGCUGGUGGAGUCCCUUCCGCAGGAGAUCAAGGCAAACGCCUCCAAGGAGGAAGCAGAGAAGAUCAAAGCAGCGCUGGAGGCAGCAGGAGGGACUGUUGUUCUGGAGUAGUCUCACCCCAGAGGGACUGGCACAACGGCUGCUGCCCAAGCUGAGCCCGGACCUUUCCAAGCGCAUGGCGCGGUGGGAGUGCUCUCCCAAAAAACACUGUGCUUUGGCAGAGCUGCUGCCUCCUUCCACUGUCACCAUGAACUCUACCUUAUAAAUAUAAAAAAAAACAUGUAAAAUGGUU